CAGCGAAAGCUCUGAUAGAACGCCAGAGGCAAGGAGGAAGACAUCGAGCGAGGGGAGUGGAAAGAGGGAGAGGCUGACUCCAAUGCUGCGAUGAAUAGAGGAGGACGAGGAAGAGAAACAUGACGGAGAAGAGCGGGACCUCAGCAUGGUGCAAAUGAUAACGCCGCAUGGGUGUGAAGAGAAGAGCCGGUUAAGAAAAGUCUCUCUUUAUGAUGACGUGGCAGUUUGGAGGGAAAAGCACCUGUCAUGUUUGUUCCGCUGAUGUUUUUUCGGACUGUCUCUGCAGCAUUCCGCAUGCUUGUACUGUUUGACCUUCCUUAGUCAGCAGACAGAGUGUGACUGCGGGGAAAAGGAGGGAAGCAUGAAAGGGAGUGUCUACAGUGCAACUAGUUAAGUAGAGUAAGAGCUGAGGGAGUUGUUGCAUCGCGGAAGGACCACUUACUUUGUCACUUUGACCCCCCCCCCCAUCUCCACCCUACCUUUCGGAAACCUUCUUCACUGCUUACCUCACCUGUAAGUACCAAGGAAUUUGGGAUUUUGCACAACUGAUCUAGACUGAAGUUGGGUGGGACUUUCAUUUGGGAUUUUUGAAAACAAAGCAAUGGAUGUGCCAGGCAACCCCAAAGGGUGUCCUGCAAGUGGCCCUCAGGUGGGAGACCCUCGGAUGGUUGAGGUUAGAAUGGGAGAGAGAGAGCCACCACUGAGGAUGUCACCCUUCCGUAUGCUCCGGGUGCUUGACUCAUGCCGUCCUCCGGGAAACCGCAUUGGUAUCGUCCAUGAGAAUGUGAAGAUGGGCUCAGAUGGAGAGAGUGACCAGGCUUCUGGAACAUCAUCCGAUGAAGUCCAGAGUCCCGUAAGAGUCCGUAUGAGGAACAACAACCAUCGACGCAUCUCUAAUGAGGACAUAAACAAACGUCUGUCUCUCCCAGCUGAUAUCAGGCUACCGGAGGGCUACUUGGAGAAGUUUGCGAUGAACAGCCCGCCUUUUGACAAGCCCAUGAGCCGCAGGCUACGACGCGCUUCAUUGUCUGAAAUUGGCUUCGGGAAACUCGAGACCUACAUCAAACUUGACAAAUUGGGAGAGGGAACAUAUGCUACCGUUUUUAAGGGACGAAGCAAGUUAACCAACAACUUAGUGGCUCUGAAAGAGAUCCGACUGGAGCACGAAGAGGGUGCACCUUGCACAGCCAUCAGAGAAGUGUCUCUCCUGAAAGACUUGAAGCACGCCAAUAUUGUCACUCUCCAUGACAUUAUCCACACUGACAAGUGCCUGACACUCGUGUUUGAGUAUCUGGAAAAAGAUCUGAAGCAGUACAUGGACGACUGUGGGAGCAUAAUGAGUGUACAUAACGUCAAGAUCUUCUUAUUCCAGCUGCUGCGAGGCCUGGCCUACUGCCAUCGAAGGAAGGUUCUCCACAGGGACCUUAAACCCCAGAACCUGCUCAUUAAUGAGAAAGGAGAACUGAAACUCGCGGACUUUGGUUUGGCCCGGGCCAAGUCUGUCCCUACAAAGACCUACUCAAAUGAGGUAGUGACAUUGUGGUACCGACCUCCAGAUGUGCUUCUAGGCUCCACUGAGUACUCUACGCCCAUAGACAUGUGGGGUGUGGGCUGCAUCUUUUACGAAAUGAUCACAGGCAGGCCUCUCUUCCCCGGAUCCACCGUGGAGGAUGAACUUCACCUCAUAUUCCGCAUCCUCGGCACCCCCACAGAAGAGACCUGGCCUGGCAUCAGCACCAGUGAAGAGUUUAAGACGUAUAAUUUUCCGAAAUACAACGCGGAGCCGCUUGUUAACCACGCUCCCAGGAUAGACAACGACGGUCAUGACUUGCUCUCAGUGCUUCUGCAGUUUGAGGCCAAAAAGCGCGUGUCGGCCGAGGAUGCUCUCAGACACGCCUAUUUCCGAACAUUCGGCGAGCAGGUUCAAACCCUGGCUGACACUGCAUCCAUCUUCUCCAUAAAAGGCAUUCAGCUCCAGAAAGACCCAGGGAAGAGAUCUUCAGUCUACCCGGAGUCAACGAUGGCCCAUAAGCUAGGCUCCGCGCCCUCGCAGUACUUCCAGAGAGAAGCAGCCAAUGCCAGGCCUCAGAGUCACAAUCUCUCCUCCACUUCCACUGGCUGAGGGGCCGCUACCAUUCUGCUCAGGGGAAGGGCAGACGGCAGAGUGUGUUGUUCUAAUGGUGUCGGAUGGUCCCAGAAGUGAGGAGGUUCACGACCGGAGGAGCAGGUCAUUCAGACACAUACAUUGGGCAACCACACCUCGUGCACUGAAGGAGCGACACUUUCACUCGAAGAAGAAAAAGAUUCACAUAGCAACAAGAACAGAUCCGGGACUGAAUAACGCGACAGACAUCCAGAUGCUCUCCCCUGAAGACAGAAAAAUGACUUUUCAAAAAAAUGUGUGCGAUCACAAAAGAGGAAAGUUGGAGUGGUGUUCAUGAUUCUCCUUGCUGCUAUUACCACCGCUCUCCAGAUGAGGGCAGUGUUGAUGCGGGCCGGAACAGAACUUGAACUGUGGAAAAGGCGCAGGAGUGACAGUGGCUCGAAUCAAAAUUGAACUUCCUUAACUCUUUAGUCUCUUCCCACUCUUCUGGACUGUUGCUGUACAUAAAUGGACUGAGCUGUCCUCUCUUCUCAUGAAAUGCCUCAGCCUGUGCACCUCACCUUGGCCCUUUAUUCUAAGAUCUGAAACACACACACACACUAGCUUCAUUCUCUAGCUCCAUGCCUCUUGCUUUUACGCGCACACAAACACUAGCGCUUUUGUUUCACUCGAAAGUCGGACGUGUGCAUCAAUCGAGUUUACAGAGAUGAAUUUUAGCACCUUACUGUCCGCUAAAGGUCAGGGACACUGUCAGUACUGUACUUUACCUCAUCUGUCAGAGUCGGGUUAUAAGUACGCCUCAAAUCGUAGAGUGAUGAUGGCUCUAAAUGAUAAACCAAAAAAAAAAAAUGGAAUCAUUGAAAAUAUUAAUUCACUACAAUCUUGGACACUGUAAAGCUCCAGUCGACAAUUAUAAGGAGAAUGACUUGAAGAAAGUGUACAAGUCCUCACCUGCUUAUCCUUAGAUGCCCCCUUUGCCUUGACUCACAACUUAUUGUGUUGUGUUUGAUAUGACAGUGGUUGUUGUUGAACUGUUCUUUGCACCUAAUUUUACCUCUCUGGAUCACCAGUAGAUGAUUCAACCGCCCCAUUCCUCUCCAAGACCAGCUCCAUGUGCAGUGUCUAUUUUUACACUUGAUUUUAUUCCUAUUUGUACAUAAGAUCUUACUUUGUACUUCUCAGAAGCAAUGGUAUUUCCGACAAAUGGUAUUUCUCAGUCUUUGCUGUGCUCUCCCGCUGUAAUAGUUGGCGACUGGCUGGGAACGUGUUGCACAUUCCUCGAGCUCAGGACUUAAUUGCUUGUGUCGUUUUGUGGGUGCUACAAGGUGGCGGCUGAACUUCUGUGAAUCCCCGUUAGAGCAGAAUAUGUUGCCCAGAACCCCCCCCCGCAAGGCUUUAUUAUGAAGUAUCUUUCCGCAAUGACGCGCCAGUUCUUUGUGUUCCCCGUUUCUGUUAUAUAGACUCUAUGGACUACCUAGUGUAUAUUCGAAACCAUCUCGACGCAUGCUCGUGUACGCCACACGCCCGUGUUUUCAGUCGGUGUGUGAAAUUGCCGGAAAAGAAAUGUCACCGUACGAGUCCAGUGUCUGCAUGAAAUGUGAGAUCACAUUGAUCCCAACCAAAUUAGGAUUCAACAACAAUGUGAUCCGGCGCUUCGGGGACCAAAUGACAACUUGAGUGUGUCCGGUGCAGUCUUGUAGUUCGCGGGACUUGAAGCACUCUUGACACAAUGUUGUUUUGUUUAUCUUGCUGCCGAAAGCCUCCAAGCACACAACCGUUUUCACACACUGACUUAAGUGUCAACAUGUACUGUAUCGCUGAGAUGGCUUACGGCUAUUAUAUUGGGGCGUCGCGGUCACUUCUGGCGCUGACCUCGGAUCAAUUCGGACGGAGAUGCGAUCCCAGGUCUGCACCUGUCAGGGCUAGUCGUCGAGCUAGCGUGUGUGGCAGUAUGUAGCAUGUACAUAGUUGAUAGCUCACUUUGUAUAUAGAAGAGAAGUGUCUAGGUUUGAUACAGCUACUCACAGUCUGCCCCUUUUUGUGUUUCUUGAAUAAAAGUCAUAGCAAUAUUUCUGUAAUCAAUAAAAAAGCCAAGGUAGGGUGUAAUAGCGUGACAAUGAUGAUUUAGUGGGUGACUGUGAAUGAUAAAACUGUGAGAGUUGACAAAGAAAGCGACAAGGAGGUUUAUGUUUUUGCUGUUUAACAUAGAAAGGUGUUUAAAAAAAGAAAGAAAAAAAAGGAUGGCAUUUGGAAAAGGGUCGCUAAAUACACCAAGAUUAUUUUGGGGUGUUUUUCCAGUGAAAGCCAUAAUGGUGGUAAUAAAGUGAUGAAGGUUGUGCAGAGUGGUUGGUUCCUCAAGGAGAAAAAAAGAUGUGUACACCAAGUUAAAAAAUAAAAUUUAUGUUAUUAA